GUGAGUGUGCCAGGACGUUCUACGAAUCACAUCCCUUCCCCAGGUCUUGUCGAAGAUCGCCCGCCAUCACUACAUCCCUAUUACAGAACGCCGGCCAUCGCUCCAUUCUCGUUGAAGCAGAUCGUCUGCCAUCGCUCCAUUGCUAUUGGAACAGAUCGUCCCCCAUAGCUACAUUGCUAUUGGAACAGAUCGUCCCUCAUAGCUACAUUCCUGUUAGAGCAAACCACCUGCCAUCGUUAUCCGUGUUUGAGAUUGCCCAUCGUCGCCGUCGUUGUUGGAGAUCGACCACCAUCGCUGCUCGUGUCGGAGAUCGCCCGCCAUCGCUAAUCGUGUUGAAGAUCGCUCGCGAGUGGAGGAAAGACAGGGGAGGGGGGUGAGACAGAGGAGGAGGGGGGAGACAGGGAGGUCAACAUGCCGGAGCUGCAGGCAGACUCCGUCGCCAAGGCAUCGAUUUCGCUUCCGACGCAUUUGUACAGACUCCUCCACAAUGCGUGCGCUUGCAAUUGACACGUGGACAUAUACACAGAGUGGCUCUUCGCUGCUGCCAACGAGGUUUUAUCCAGAGGAGACGAAGGGACUAUGUUGGCGAUUGGUGACACUGGCGGGUUGAUUCUCUCGGAUUGGGAUUCGUGGUUGAGGAUCCCUGCGGCCUGCUGUGAUUCUUCGUCAGCACUUUGACUGCGUGCAUCGGCGAGCCCUCCUCCUCCUCCUCCUCCUCCUCCUCCGCCUUCUCUUGGUUGUUGAAGUUUGUCUGGUAUUCAAGUUGUGCUUGGCGAUUUGAAGUUGUCUUAGCUUUGUCUGCUCAAGUUUUGUCUGUUCCCUCUUCAGCCUGCUGUAGUUCGUGGCUUUUUGUGUUGGUGUGUUUUUUGAGGGGGGUAAGGUCCCCGGUGCUGAGGAGGAACUGCGGGAAGGAGGACAGAUAAGGUCGGGGCCGCGGCAUCAAAGCGGAAGGCGGAAAAACUGUUUUCACACUUGACAGACUUUGGGGCACACCUCGGCGCAGAGGACAAACUGUCUCACAGAGAGAGAGAGAGAGAGAGAGAGAGAGAGAGAGAGAGAGAGAGAGAGAGAGAGAGAGAGAGAGAGAGAGAGAUUGUUUGGCGGCGGUGGCAUCGAAGCGCGAGGCAGAAAAACUGUGUGACACGGGUCAGUUUUUCAGGCACUAAUCGGCACAGAAGGCAGAGAGGCUGCGUGUGUGUGCGCGUGUGUGCGUGUGUGCGUGUCUGCGUGCGUGUGUGUGCGUGUGUGNGAGAGAGAGAGAGAGAGAGAGAGAGAGAGAGAGAGAGAGAGAGAGAGAGAGAGAGUGAAUGUUAACCGCUGGAAGUGGCAGACCGGGGAGCAGACACUGGUGGAGGCGACGAAGGGGUGCGAUACGCAUCAGUUUUUCCGGCUUGGUCAUGGCGUCCGUCGUCGGUAUCGCUCUCCUCUUUUUCGUGCUGGAGAUGGUCUCCAUGUACGGUGGCCACCGUUUUGGAGGUGGAUUGGUCCUUGGGCAGAUAUUGCAGGGGUGCCGUGAGGGGGAACACUCCCGAUGUGAUCCGUUGGUUGGUGGUGGUCUCGAUCAAGUUGUGGAGCGGAUGCUGGGUAAUGGAGAGCACCUCAAAGAAGAUGGAGUUUAUGGCCCAGUCCCUGCUGUGAGGGUUGCGAUCGUCGGUGGGGGAUUGGCCGGCUUGUCCGCUGCUGUUGAGGUCGUAAAGAGAGGUGGCUCCGUUGUCCUUAUUGAAAAGACUGCAAGGCUAGGAGGAAACUCUGCUAAGGCCAGCUCAGGAAUGAAUGCUGCGAACAGCACGCCACAAUUGUUGAUGGGAAUAGAAGACGACCUCGACGACUUUAAGUCUGACACAAUAAAAUCAGGCAAGGGGAAAUCGUUGAAGGAGUUAGUGGACGUUCUCGUGGAGCACAGUGCAGAUGCCGUCAAUUUUCUCCAAGGCCAUGGCAUUGAUCUAUCCAACAUUGUUCAGCUUGGAGGACACUCGCAUCCUCGCACACACAGAUCACGUUCUGAUGGGAAGGCCAUGAACAUAGGGUGGCGGAUAAUGUCGACUCUUAUAAAGUACAUGGAAGCACAGCCUUCGGAAUCGGUGCAAAUUUUGAAGAAUGCCCAAGCGACUUCUCUUAUUGUGAAUGACGCUCAGCACGUGGUUGGGGUGAACGUUACAGUGACCCAGAAAGGAGAAUCCGGAGAUAAUAUCCGGGAGGAAAUGCAACUAUUUGUGGAUGCAGUUGUGCUUGCAACAGGAGGCUAUUCAGCAGACAGGGAAGGGCUUCUGAAGGAGUACGUUCCGGAGAUCAGGAACCUUGCCACAACAAAUGGACCCUUUGCGACAGGAGAUGGAGUUAAGAUAGCGAAGGAAAUUGGAGCGGGGCUGAUGCACAUGGACCAGGUCCAACUGCAUCCCACUGGGUUUGUUGAUCCCAAGGAUCCGGCGAAUCCAACCAAGUUCCUCGCUCCAGAGUCAUUGAGAGGUUGUGGAGGCAUUCUUCUGAACCAAAAGGGAGAAAGAUUUGUUAACGAGUUAACUACACGUGACGCGGCUACCAAAGCUAUCAUGAGUGAAUGCGACAGGCUCCCCUUGGAGAUAGUCAAGCGUGCAGGGGGCAAAAUCAAUGGAGUGGAGGUUGUCGAAGGGAAUGUUGAAAACAAUGACAACCUGCCGAUAUCGGCAUAUAUGCUCAUGACUGAAGAAGGCAUAGAUAAGUUUGACAGAACCAUUGCGAAAUUCUACAUCGGAAAGGGAUUCAUUCAACGGUUUGAAAAUGCAACCGAAUUCUGCAAGGCGUUCGCAUUGCCUGAGGAUGUGGUCGUCGAUGUGCUAGAGAACUAUGGCAAGCAAAGGGAAGAUCCUUAUGGGAAGACAGUUUUCCCCGUUCUUUUCAGCCCUCAUGCUCCUCUGUACGCCCUGAUCGUCACCCCCUCUCUGCACUACACCAUGGGCGGGCUGAAGUUUUCGCAAUCUGGACAAAUUCUCAGGGACAAUGGAGAGCCAAUUGUUGGGCUAUUUGGUGCUGGAGAGGUGACAGGUAUGCACGUCUUCGUCUUUACUCUCUCUGGCUUGGUUCCAACGGAGUACACCGCCUUGCCACUCAUUCAGCGCUAUUCCCCAAGCAAGUCAUGUGCUGUACUUCGUUUUGCCCUGCCCUCGAAGGACCAUGUCUUGGGCCUUCUCUGUGGGCAGUACUUGGCUGUCAGAGCACAGCCGCGUACGCCGAGCGAGCAGCCCAUUGUGCAAUUUUACUCGCCUUUGACGCCUGCUGAUGAAUUCGGCUUUUUCGAAGUGGUCAUCAAGCAUCACCAGGCAGCUCCCGGCUCAAUGCCCGACCGAAUGAUGUCUCUGCCCAUUGGCGGUACUUUGGAAUUUGCAGGCCCUCUAGGGGGGUUCACGUAUGAGCCGAACAUGUACGAGAAAGUAGGGAUGAUUGCAGGAGGUACAGGGAUUGCGCCGAUGAUGCAGAUCAUCCGGACGGUCAUCAGGCAUCCGGCAGAUAACACACAUCUCUCACUGUUGUAUGGCAAUGCCGUGGAAGAUGAGAUCCUCUGCAAAGAGGAGUUGAUGUACAUUGCCGAAACGAGGGAGAAUGUGCGCGUACAUAUGUUUCUGGAGCAGCCACCUCAGCGAUGGACAAUGGGAAGGGGGUAUAUCACGGAGGAAGCAAUCAAGGAGCGCAUGCCAGCACCAGGCACGAACUCUCGCAUCGUUAUGUGUGGGCCAGCGACGAUGAUCAAAGUUAUGAAGGAGACGCUGCAUCGCCUAGGAUAUGCUGAUCACCAGCUCUACAUAUUCAACGAAACGGCUAUCGAAGACGCGACUGCACAGAGCUAAGCUGAGAGGUCGGCAACGUUGACGGAAGUAAAGGAGGAGGCGCUGCAGCGCUUAGGGUACCGUGAUCACCAGAUCUACGUAUUUGAUGGAACGGCUACCGAAGAUGCGAUCGCACGAAGCGAAGCUGAGGGAGUGGCACUUACCUGUGUAAAAGGCUAUGACGGCAAGCGGAUGCCGGGAGCGGAGAAGGUGGUUGCUUUUUUUGUGCACUGUUUUGGUGAGUGCAUUCGAAUCAUUUAGUGCAGAUCACAUGGGAUGUAGUUUUGUUAGUCAGCAAUAGUGAGCAUGAGGGUAGGUUGUGACACGUCGGGAGGUGUCUGGAGUUGGGAUGGGGUCUGGGCUAGGGAAGGAGGGGGGUGGGGAAAGAGGAAAAAAAGGGCAACGGGUUGAGCUGGGAAAGAAGGGUAGGAUGUAUAAGAAACAAGAGAAAGUAGAUGCAUUGUUCCUGGCUGUUUGGAUGUUUGACAGGUUUUCAGCUGAGUCUGUUCGACUAAGAAGCGAAUGGAAAUGUCCGUGAUUUUGAGUGUCGACGAGUUCAUCUGUCUGUGUAGAGGCGGAGAUUGCCUACUGUGUGGUGGUUUUGUCUAUCAGGUAUUGUUUUCUCUUUGCCGAUUCUGAUGUCCGCAAGCGUGUGCAGUUACGUUAACCGUUUGGUAUUCUAUAUGUUACCUUUUGCUUUGAUGGCCUACUUCCUGUGGUGAUGCGAGCAUGAGGAUGGUGUUUUGUGGAUGAUUACUGAUAUUUUCAGAUACAGUAUAUUAUCUGUGUUGUUUUUAUGAGGUGGGGUGUUUGCAGGUUCUGCUGAAUGGAAAUUUUCCAUC